AUGUCUUCUCGCACCCUCCACCUCUUCCGCUCCACCCGCAUGCAGCGCAUCCGCUCUUUCCCGCCCACUUUCCGCACCUUCACUGCCUCUCCCCUGCGCAUGAUCAAGGAAGACGCCUCGCGCAGCCCCGAAGAGCUUGAGCGCACAAAGCAAGAACAACUCAAGGCCCAGAAGGAAGGCAAGGCGCAAUGGAACGAGAACCUGGCUUCUGCAGGCGAGGCCAGCAUUACAGCCGACAAGCAGGACGUCAAGGAUCACGAUAGCCAUAUGGAGGAUUUGCAGAAGCAGACGGCGGGACAGGCUGAGAAGGAACAUCCGCAUGGAAAGAAGAACUAG